AAAAACGUGUUAACGAACUAACGUAUCUUUACUCGGUUCUGUUGCGUUGCAUUCUUCCAUUCUUUUAACGUGUUGUAUCAAACAAGAACAUUUAUUUAGAUGUUAAUAAAAUAUCUGAUUUAAAAUAGGAAGAAUUUAGUGUUAUUUUGUUAGUUUAUUGCGUUUAUUUUAUUUGCAAGGAUUUUUUAUCUCCGAAAUGGAGGAAUUUGCGAACUUUAAUGUCCCCCGAUUUAAAGGCUUUGAAGAUGACGAAAGUACAGAAACGUUUUUCGAUGUGGACUUAGAUCAAGUUGAUGGCAAUCAGGAAACAAACAGUGAAAAUAGCGAUAAUUACCAAUCUUUUUCAGUAACAGAGACUGCUAAUGGACCAAUCUAUAGCUUAAGAAAAUCUAUUAGCUCUAGUAAUAUAGUUUUGGAACAAGAGAUGGAAAGAAAUUGUGCGUUGAAUUUUAAAGUAACUAGCAGAUGUGAUGCUCAUUUGGAAUUUUUGAAAAAGAGAAAUGUCGCAAAAUAUUGCAGCACAGCUGAACAAGUAGCAAAUUUUUGGAUUAAACCAGAAAGUAGAUUCAGUUCCAAACCUAUCGCAAUUUCAUACACUAAAUCCAAAUCUACAAUACCACAAUCUCCCCAUCUGCUUUCACAAGGUAGAUGCCGCUCAACAACUAUAAUGUCGCGAGAGGAUCUUGAAUUUAAAGAAUUUUUGGAAGCUCAAAAAGAUCACCCGAAAGCACAACCAUUAAAUAAAAAGAUAUUUUUAACACCAAAGGUGCCUGAAGUUCCUGUAAAGCAAACUACAGUUGUUAAACCUUUUAAAUUGACCCAGGUGAAACCAAAACAAAAUGAAGCUCCACAAGAAGUAUUUAAAUUUCAAGCUUGUCCAAUACCUAAAUCCGUUUUUUCUGCACCAAAGCUACCAGUGCCGUUUAAACCUAAAAGAAUGACCAAAAAAGUAGAACAGAAGAAAAUCCCCCCUAAACCACAACCAGUAGUGGAAAAGAGGACUAAGGUGGAGCCUUUUAGUUUUGACGAAAAAAUCAAGAAAAUGCAGCAUCAAAAAGAAUUAAAAAUUCAAAAGGUUAUUCAAGAAGAGAAAAUUGCAAGGGAAUUCAAAGCAACCCCAAUCAUGCCUGUCGUUUUAAAUAAUUUUUGCAAAUCUGCAAGUUCAAGUGUUAAGUCAUCAAAAAGUGAAGAUGCACUUAACGGAUUAUUACUUACUAAAUCAUUUAAAGCAACGGAUCCAAAAGUUUUAUAUAAAGAACCUUUUAUACCAAAAAGAGCAAAUAAAAAAACCGUUCCUAUAAAUCCUCAACUUAACACGAUAACCCGUGCUCAAGAACGGGCAGAAUUCGAAAGACGACGUAAGGAAAAAGAAGAAAUGGAGGAAAAAUAUCGACAAAAGCGUGCGCAAGAGGAGAAAGAACGAGAACAAUUAGAAAUUCAAAGGCUUCGUAAAAAAGCAGAAUUUAAAGCGACGCCCAUUAGUUAUUUCAAAGAAUUACAAAUACAUUGUGAUGGCAAGGUAACAAUUCCACAGUCCCCUAUAGUUAAGCAGAGAUCAAAUAAAGAGAAUCAUUUUUAAAGUUAUAUAUGAUUUUUAUAGUAUGUAUUUACAAAGAGAAAACAAUAUUUUUGAUAUAAGAUUUAAUUUUACUAUUGUACUAGCGUAGUUUAUGUACCUAUAUUAUGAAAUGGUGGUGCAGUAGAUUCUCCAAAUUGAGGAAAAAUAUUGGAAUAAAAAAAUGAUAUAUUUAGUAAAGGUUGGAUAAAAAUUACUUAUUGGAGCUGUUCCUAUAUUUCAUCGACCACAGUAAUUUAAUUACACGUUAGUAUUUAGAAAAAUUAAAACCAUUUUUUUAUUUCAUUGAAACUUAAGUAACAAAAAGUGAUUUUGCGUUAAUUUGCAGAGAAUAAUCGCGAGAUUAUUAUAAUUUUACUUUUUAAUAACAGUUUAGUAUUGAUUACAAAAAAAAUUAGAGAAUCUACUGUUCUUUAUUUUAUUAUAAAAACAAUUUUAUUGUAAUAAUAUAAAUUGUAGGAUGUAUUGAGCUGUUUUUUAAACAGUAUACUUUAA